AUGGCAGGCAUCAGGAUCAGUAAGCCUCUACCUGCAUCAAGUCCCUUGUUGAUCCAUCCCUGCUCUGAGUCUCCUAAUCAUUCUAGAAUGCUGAAAGCACUCCUCAGCGCAUGCCUCCUCUUGGCCCCACUUUCUGCAGAUAAACCUGAAGUGCAGAUUGAGAAUACUUGUUUGUCAUCCAGAUAUUGUUUCUCAGGCGAUUACAGCUUCACUGCAGCGGAUGGUAAAUUCUUUGAAAUGAAGGCGCAAUGCUGCAACACUGACCUGUGUAACAAUGAAACUCUCAGCCUUCCUGAUCGUAACAUGCUGGCUGAAAAUGGUCUACGAUGCCCAUCCUGCUUCUCCAAAGGAAGGAAAAAGUGUAAAAGUGAGAAGACCGUCAACUGCCUAGAGAAUGAGACCCAAUGUGUUGAUUUUAGAGGAGCUCUUAUAACAGGUAUUUUUUCCCCCAUGUUGUUCACUUUCAAAGGUUGUGCAACAACAAAUUUUUGUGCCAUCCGGAAAAAUGGAGGAUCUUUUAUUGGAACUAGGAGAAUUGUUCUUCCAGUUUACGAAGAAAGCUGUUAUAAUGCUUCACGAAUCUCACACCAGCCUGAACAGGAAGGGUAA